AUGGGUGACGAAAUUAUGCGUGGAACCUCCAAGGUUCCUCAUAGUGAAGGGGGGAUGCCUGCCUUGACGCAGGUCCCUACCUCGAUCACUCUGUCUGCUGAACAGUUUGAAAGGCUCUACUUGAGUCCUAUGAUGCAUCGCCAGCCAAAGCUGGCCAAGAAUUUGGGAAAUCCCACACCAUUAGGUAUCGGAGCUUUUGUACUCACAGCGACACCAAUGGCAUGUUGCUUGAUGGGGUGGAGAGGUGCAGGUGGAGGUGGUGCUGCUUUCACUGGAGUCUUGAUCUUACUGGGUGGACUCUUACUGGUCCUUUCCAGCAUCCUUGAAUUUAUCCUUGGAAACACUUUCUCGUCGGUCGUGUUUGGGCAUUUGGGUGGCUUCUGCUUGGCUUUUGGUGCUACUAUGACUCCAGCAUUCAACUCUGCAGCCCCCUAUUCUCCAGAUGGAACCAAUACAUUGGCAGGUCUUCAUGGCCCAGGCUUCGUGGACACAUUCGCAUUUUUCUUUGUAUUCAUGGCACUGCUGAUGCUUAUCUACGCUGUCUGCGCCACUCGUACCAACAUUGUGUUUGUUCUGAUUUUUACAUCCCUGAUCUUCGUGUUCUCUCUCUUGGCGGGUGCGUACUGGAAAUUGGGUCUCAAGGAUGAGGUGGUCGGCAACAGGUUGACUGUGGGUGCUGGUGCCGCUCUAUUCGUGGCUACUAUGCUAGGAUUCUACUUGCUGGCAGCCCAGCUGCUCGACUCUGUUGGUUUCCCCUUUUGCUUACCUAUUGGAGAUUUGAGUGGAAUUUGGAAUCGCACAAGUCAGCGCAACUUCUCGGAUCCCGAGCUGGCGACCGAUCCCAAUGGCAAGUUCUAG